AUGGGUUCUUCAUCACAAUCACAACCACCACCACAACAACAACAACAACAACAACCACAACCACAACAACAACAACAACAACAACAACAACAACCACCACAACAACAACAACAACAACAACAACAACAACAACAACCACAACAACAACCACAAACACAACCACCACAACAACAACAACAACAGCAACAGCAACAACAACCACAACAACAGCAACAACAACCACAACAACCACCACAAGCCUCCAAUUCAAGAUUUUCUCCAUCCACAAAUGAUGGUAAUGUUGGACCAACACCAUCCAAUACUGCUACAUUGGAUGGUAUAGCAUUUUCAGCCAAAUCAGAAAAUGCAUUUGAAAUAUCACAAGUAUUGAGUGCUAUAUACAAAGUUGACCCUGAAAAGAGUAAAAAAAAAGAUAUUCAAAAUCAAUUUGCAAUUUGUAAAAUUGCAGAGAAUGCAUUAACAUUUAUUGUUGAAGAAGGAAAACAUUUCCAAGGUUUAGCAGGUUUUAAAAAUACAUUUUUUAAAGAAUAUAAUUUUAAUGCAUCUCCUCAACAAGGUGCUUCAACAGCAGAUCAGCAACAACAACAGCAAACAUUAUUAUUCAAAAUUAAUUUAUCAAUGUUAUUAGAUUGUUUAACAAUUUUUGGUAAUUCAAGUUUUACAUCUGUUCAAUUCUUAUAUAAAGGGUAUGGUUCACCCUUUAUUUUAUUAUUAGAGGAAAUUGGUGGUGGUGUUGAAACACAUUGUUCAAUUAAAACAAUGGAUGCAGAUGAAAUUUUAGAGUUUGAUUUACUUACACCUGUAUCAAAUAAAUUAUUUAUGGAAUCAGAGAACCUUUUAGAGGCUUUUGGAGAACUGGAUUAUACUUCAAACUCUUUAAAUAUUUUAUUAACACCCGAAGCACCUUUCUUUAGAUUAUCAACCAAUGGUCAAAUGGGUUCAUUCAGAAUGGACUAUUGUAAAAAGAAAUCGGCUGAUGAUACAUUUGAAUAUCAUGACCUUCAAAUACCAAUUGAAUACUCUUUCCCAUUAUCUCUUAUAAAGCCAUGUAUUAAAGCACUCUCUCUUUCAAAGAAAACUCGUAUAAGUCUUACUCAAGGUGGUCUUUUAUCAUUUCACCAUAUUAUUACGACUGGCCCACAACAACAUUUAGUUGAAUUCUUUAUUUUAGCAUCUUCAAAUAAUUUAGAUGAAAAUUAUUAUAAUCAAAGUAAUAAUUUAAAUAAUCAAAACCAAAGUAAUAAUAAUAACAAUAAUACUGAUAGUAAUAAUAAUAUUAAUAAUAAUAAUAAUAAUAAUAAUAAUGUAAAUACAAGUAAUGAUGUUCGUAUGGAAGAUAUGCAAUAUUAA